AGUUGCCCUUUCGGCCCUGGGCGGCCUGCCCCUUGGGAUUGGCCGCGCGACCACGGGCCCGCCAUGAAGUCGCGGUCGCGGCAGAAGAACAUCCACAAGGACACGCGCUCCGACGAGGUGAAGGCGGCGGUGGCUGAGCGCCGGCGACUGGUCGGCGAGGAGUCCCGCGGCGACUGGCAUGCGCGGCCCGGCCAGAGGAGCCGCGGUGCCGCCGCGCCCCGCGCCGACGCGGCCGACGCCUCGGCGGGGCAGCGGGCAGCAGAGAGGAUGGGCGGACGACCGCCACAGCGAUUCGGCUUCAGGGCCCGCGAGCGCGCCUUGGCCCGCGUGGCCGCCAGGGCGCAGCGCGCCGAACAGGCUGCCGGCGCGGUGGAGGGCCCGGCCGGCGCAGCGCCAGCCGAGGCCGAGGCCGCCGUCGCCCCCGCCGCCGCCGGGGCCGCUCCGGCUGCAGCGCUGGCGCGGCUGGAGCGCCGACUGGCCCAGGCGAGGGCCGCGCUGGCGCGGCGCCUGCCGCGGCGGGUGCCCGUGAAAAGACGGUCGAGCAGCUGAGGCCGCCAUCGGCGCGCGCACGCGCGUGUGCGAGCUCGCGUCGGCCGUGCAGCCCGCUUGCGCCUCGUCGUCGUCGAAGUUG